GGGAAUCGUGGACAAGGGGAAAAGGAGAAUCGAGGGGCGACGUAAGUAUGGGAGGACGAUGGCCUGGCAAACCGUUCUCCAGCUGUGCCAUGUUGCGGAGGUAUACGCUGCCCGUUGUAAUUUCGUCCGAUCUUCAUAUUUUGGUAAUGCGGGAUCUUCGAUACAUGGAAGAAGAUCCGGUCCAAUCUGCUCCCACAUAUAUCUCUGAGGUACUGGUUCGGCGAACGUGGGGAAAUGAGAAAGAGGACGAGGAGAGAAGGAGGAGGAGGUUGAUCGCGAUGGACGGAGCGUUGGUGGUAUGGUUCGGUGGACCGGAAGUUUCUCUUUCUUUAUCGCACCAACGGGGCCUCUCCGUCCGCCGGCUCUCUCGAAUUGCGGUUCCUGCUAUCGGUAGACGAGCCGAGAACGGUAUAAAAUCAAAUGAAGCGAAGCCCGCAGCGAGGAAAAAUUAUAUCACGAUUGCGAUACGAAGAGAGUAGAAAUUGCGACCCGGUCUCACACAAGUUCACGAUAUUAAUUAAUUCGUGGUCCUAAUUAUUUCUUCGAACCACGCGUUGUUCGAAUGUAAUACCGGGGAAUUAAGGUUUGAGGAGUCGAUGUAUCGAUAUCGCCCUGGCUAUCUUUUUCUCCUCGUUCCUUGGUGAACUCCUCCUACAUUUAUCGCUCCUAAUCUCCUUCUUUGAGACACGGUAGGUGGGGAUGGAGGCUCAUUGUCAGUGCCGGUUAAAUCCAUCGUAAAUAGUGGAGAUUCCUACUGCACAAGGCGUCCUCUAGCCUCGCGAGCGAAAGUUCAAUGGACUCUGCAUCAGCGGAGUUUUGAGAUACGCGUAACUCGUCACCAUCGUCGCCGCCUGCACCAAUGCCGCCAUGCACCGCGAACGAUUUGGUAGCGCUCGUUCAAGAGCAACGUCGAAGAGGACCUGCAGCUCGGGGAAAGGGAGGGAAGAAGGAAAGAGAAGAGAAGAGAAGCGAAGAGAAGAGAAGAGAAGAGAAGAGAAGAGAAGAAAAGGGAAGGGAACCGGGGGUGGCGAACCCCUCUCGAGGACUUAUUGGUCUCUCGUUUUCCUCCUCCCCUCUCCCUUCUCUCUUUCUCUCCUUCUCUCUCUAUCCUUUCCCUUCCCUUCCCUGUACGCCUCGGCAACGUCGACGCUGCGGUCCCCGCCUGCACACCACCAAUACCAUCGCCAUUAUACCAUACUACACUACCACCACCGUUAAUAAAUGUAUAGGAGCUAACACCAUUGGUGUAUGGGUUCACGCACUGGCACACGACGAUAUGCGAUGCACGCAGCUGCUCCCCUGGCCUUCGCGGAGAGACCAACGAAGACCACCGGAGACCAUAGCACCAGUUCCAGCGCGGAGUUCCGACAGCACCAGCAGCCCUCUCUGUGCCGUUGGUUGCGCAUCGCCUAGCGGCGUGGUUUCCUCUGCUUCCUUCGCUGCUUGUUACCCCCGAACCCCGCGCGGUACUCCUCUCGUCGUUCUGACGCCCGCCCGGCUGGUUGCCAGAGCUUGCCUGCCUGCUUGCUAGCAUGGUUCGGCUGUCUGCCUGCUGCCUGACUUGCCUGUCCCCGUCAUCUUGCUUGGUUCGGUAGAGGCCAGUCGACGGGACGUGCGUCACCUAAGAACCGAGGGACGAAGCAGCCGUACUAGGAACGAACUGCCGUUGCCGUUGGCGCACUUUGUUCGAGGCAGGGUCGACGCCGGAUCGCCUGUACACCGAGCUACACACGAGUCACAACUCCGUAACCGGCAACCACCACGCGCCCCGAACGAAACCGUGUAUCGAGUUCUUCGUAGUCGCGGGGAACAGGCGGAGAAUCGACCAAGAAGUGAAUUAGCAAUACCGCGACUUUGACGUAUCAUCGGAACGUGAUAUGAACAAUGGGAAACGUCGACGUCAUUACCGUUAAAUUAUCAUUGUUAUUGGGACGGAUUAAAAACUGAACUGUUUACAAGAGAACCAGCUGCAGAAAACCGGGACCAAAACAUCGCAACACAAUAAUGGAUGACGACCUUGUUUUAUCAACACAUGGUGACUCUUGAAUAUUUUGCGAGUGAAUUUUCAUACCUGUUUUCAGUGUACGACGUUUCUUUUUUAUCCAAGUUAUAAAGUGACUAGUGAGUAGUGACCGUGAUGACGAAGAACGGUCCGAACUGGAAUCUCAUACGUCGAGUCGUCUGAUUUCUCCGCACGCUGCCUCGCCGCAGAAGAGAUACGCGCCCUCUUCCUGUGCAAUACAACCAUCGUCGCCCGGUAUUAGAUUAUUAGACGGGCGAACUUUGCCCCGCGAUUUCAAAUGAUAAGAACUUUGAAAAAAUGACGAUCAUUGAGCAUUUCUCAACCACGUAUUCAAUGUAAUUAAGAGAACCAAAAUUCUGAAUUAAAAAUCCACGAGGAAUCGCUUGUAAUACAAAUAACGUCGCGUUGUCGUUUGUACAACCUCGUACCUUGUUGUUGUUUACUCUUGGGUACCGCGUAACGUCCGACUUAUUGUAGACAAAGUAGUACAAGACACAAAGUAUAUCGCGAGCGUGCGGUACCACCACGUCACCGAAGAUAACAUCGGCAACCUCAUCAUCAACAUUGUAAUCGUCUACAUUAUCGUCGUUGACGACCCUGGACCAAACAAGAUGCCGCAAUGCGCCGUUGCAACGUGUCGCAACAGUCACCGUAGGACUCGUGGUCGCCGCAUCCGUUACCAUCGAUUCCCCCAGUUACCGGAAGUCCGUUCCCGUUGGGUCCGUGCCUGCGGUCGUAUUCCGUUGUCGAACGGUGAUGCCCCAUUCAACAUUCACACGGCUCGGAUAUGUUCCUUACAUUUUACCAACGAUUCUUACGAGAAAGAUGUGGAACAUCUGGUCCUCGGACUUCCGGCUAGGAGUCGGCUCAGACGGGGAGCGGUACCAACGAUUUCGGUACCCGUAUCCGUCCAACCGGUAACAAAGAUGCUCGUAGAGGAUGCCAAAAGAUCGCUACUAAAGGUCGCCCACGCCAAGGUUAUCCGGCAUCAAAAAACGGUACUAGAGGAUAGAAAAACCGCUACCCUGAACGCCAUGACCGCUAUCACCGAACAGAAAAUGGCGGGAAUCGACGUCCUUCUCGCCCUAGGCCUGAAACCAGCCCCGCGUUUGAACAAAAUGCACGCGAUGGAUACCUCGGCUGGUGCGAAGGUCAUGCAGAGUGAUAAGGGUGGGAAGAAAAUGGAAAAAGUUAUCGAAAGACAGGAAGCGACUCCUGCUAAAGGGACGAAAGAUCAACGUCGCGGAGGGACAGCUGAAACCGAUUCAGCACAAGCAACUGCACCACGAAAUCAUCGGGAUCGUAUCAAUCACCACAAUCAUCCAAAUCAUCGUCGUAAUGGGGGAGAACCAAGGGAAAAAAAUGAAAGCUCGCGGGCUUAUGACGUCAAGAAAGAACCCAGUUCUGACCCGGAAACAGACCCGGAACCGGAGAGAGAUUCAGUACCGGAUCUAAGGAAACGAGCCUCUGCUCCAGACCGACCGAAAAAUUUAAAGACGGAACGGCAAAGCAAAAAAAGGCGGUCGACCGAAGAGGUCCAGACAUCCAAUGGCGGGUCAAAAAGAGCAUGCCUUGAACAAAGGGAAGAAUUCAUCUCGUCCCUUGUCGGAGGCGAGAAAGUUACCACGGAAGAACUGACCGUUAGGGCGGAACAACUGCGAGCAGAGUUGCAGGCUUUAGAUCAGCUAGCGCGAGCCAAGGAGAAGGAAUGGAACGAGAUUUUAAGCAUGAGAAAAUUAAAAGAAGAGGCCUACCUGAGAAUUGAACGUCGUCGUCAGGUCGUCGGUUUUAUGGAAGGGAACGGCCAGCUCAACGAUGCCUCCAGUUUACCGUCAGCUAGUCUUUCCCUCGAACAAGAGUGGGACAAUGCAAAGGAAAAAAGUAACUCCACGGAGGCGACGCUUAGCGACAAGAGCGUAACGAAGCCCCAGGUGAUUUCGAAACAGAACGAAAACGGGCAGAAGGAAUCCGCGGACGGACAGAAUUCUGAAAACAGACAAAUUGGAGAGGGAAGACAGGGGCCUAUGGUCGAUGUUAGAACUAUUAUCGCGGAUUACAGGCUCAGGCACCCGGAAAUUGUGCCGCGAAGAACUCGGCGAAUGAGAAACUCUGUCAACAUUGGUUUGGGUGCUGGAGGUGCUAUGGUUGAAACUGGACAUGUGGGAGCCGAUUCUCGACCCUCUAGCACAGAUUCUUGCAAGAGCAGCUCCAACCCCACAGACCCCAGCAAUUCUAUGAGCUUUAAAGACGUUCUUGUCCAGUUUGCCAAACUCAGCCAACAGCAAGGUGAGGCAAUAAAAACGCCACAAAAUUAUCCAGAUGUGACCCUUCACCCGGUGCUGCCGUCCCCUGUAGCUCCACAGACGACUGCGAUACAACAGUCAGGUUCCUUGUUGCAUGGUAUUUUGACAAAAUCUCAAUCGCCACGUCCCACAACUUUCUCCCCGACAUUAGCUAGGCUCCUGACAGCUCCGGAGAGAGAAAGAUGCAAUCCUGUUGCUACUUCUACACCACAACAAAAUACCGCCACGCAGCAUUUAAUACAGGCUUACCAAGGCAGCAAUCCGGUCUCAAUCAGCGAUCUCUUAUCUUCGUCAAAGGCCAGGACGGAAAUAACAAUAACACCUGUGGUCAACACCCCAAUCGUUCAAUCCCAUUCAAACAGCCUUAUUCAUGUGGAAGACGUAGACGACGAUACGACGGUUAUCGAAGAGAGAAGCCGGUCGUCAAAUACCAGGGAUGAAAGUCCCCCACGUUGUCAAGGGUGCCAAGAAAGAGCCGCACAAUUUGUUUGCGCAGGCUGUGGGAACCAGUGGUACUGCAGUCGAGAAUGCCAGGUGUCUGCCUGGGACGAGCACUCUGAGGUGUGUUCUGGGUAGAUAAUUAAGCUUAACCGGAGCGAACCAGUUUUACCAAAUGCGACUUUCAGAAGAAAACAAUAAAUCGAAAAUGAAUCUAGUCACGAGAUGUAACACCAAGAGGAGAAAAAGGACAGACAAAUAUUAUAUUUUUUACGAAUUUCAAUGAUUUACGAAGAGGAAGCAGUAAAGAAAAGGAGUAACUUCCAAUACCCCGUUUUUCCAUUUGCUAAAAAUGAUGACCAGGUGGAUUAACCGUGCAUGUAAAAUUUGAAGAACGUUUGUUAAGUCUUUAAAAAAAGUUCCACAGUGUAUCGCAAGUCUCGGUGAUUUCGCUGGAAUUUAUGUAAUUUUUUUUCAAAUUCCACUCAUCGAUCAUAUAUCAUCGUAAAUCAUUAUUGUGACGUAGCGAAGAACUAGAACAAGUAUCAAAUGAUGAGUUUACGUAACAUGUUUGAACCACAGAGUGAACAAUGUCAUCACGUAUUGUGAAUCAAGCGUGUCUAAAAAUGAUUAUAAACGAGCUGUAAUGUGACUACUAAUCAAUUAUAUCCGGUAAAUGUAUACUACCCAUCGCACAGAAGGAACGAGGUCUCUGCCGCGUUAACAAACGUUUUUUAAAAUUUUCAUUUUGGUAUAGAAUUUUUUGUCGAGCACUCAAUUUCCUGAUUUGUGCGCGGCGCCAUCCUUGUAACUCAGCUAUAGAGCUGCUAAGCGUAAGGCUCGAACCGUGUACAAUACCUACGAGCAACACGCAUACUAUUUUAUACAAUAUUUGUUACCAUUGUGUAAAUUAGACUUAACACAUUAGACCUAUACCAUAGAUAUAAGAUGUUUUUGUAAUUUAGUUCGUAUUAUGUUUUACCCUCAGUUCCGUUCGUUCGGUUUUUUUUUUCCUAGGUAGUCUCCAACUUAUUUCCCAAAGUCCAAAUAUAAUCUGGAGCCAAAAGUUCCUACAGGUACAUUAUAUUUUACCCAUUUCAACAUCAACUGACGAUGAAAUAAAUGCAAUUUGGAUUGUA